GGCCGGGCCCCGCGAAUGGAAGGCCGCGGCGGCGGCGAGGAUGGGGCGGGCGAGCGCAGCCCGCUGCUGGGGGGCAGCGGGGGCGGCCGGCUGUGGCGGCCCGGCGGCGUUCGCGGGGCGGCGGGCGCGGGCCCGGCGGCGUUCGCGGGGCGGCGCGCGGCCUGCGGGGCUGUGCUCGUAGCCGAGCUCCUGGAGCGCGCCGCCUUCUACGGCGUCACCUCCAACUUGGUGCUGUUCCUGAAUGGCAACCCGUACAACUGGGAGGGCGCCCAGGCCAGCCAGGCGCUGCUGCUCUUCAUGGGCAUCUCGUACCUGGUGUCGCCCUUCGGAGGCUGGCUAGCCGACGCCCUGCUCGGCAAGUGCCGCGCCAUCCUGCUCAGCCUCGCCCUUUACCUGCUCGGCAUGCUCGCCUUCCCGCUCGUGGCCGCGCCCGCCACCCGCGCGGGCCUCUGCGGAGACCUCCCGCUCGUCCCCGUGGGCAACAGCUCGGGGCGCUUCCCCAAUGGCAGCGAUCCCGGCGGCGGCCAGAGGGGCGGCCGCUACUGCGCCCAGGCGCUCUACGCCGGGCUGGUCAUCGUCGGGCUCGGUGUGGGCACCGUGAAGGCCAACAUCACCCCCUUUGGCGCCGACCAGGUUAAAGAUCGAGGUCCAGAAGCCACCAGAAGAUUUUUUAAUUGGUUUUAUUGGAGCAUUAAUUUGGGAGCAAUUCUUUCAUUGGGAGGCAUUGCAUAUAUUCAGCAGAACAUGAGCUUUGUGACUGGAUACAUUAUCCCAACAGUUUGCAUUGGAGUUGCAUUCAUUGUAUUCCUCUGUGGUCAGAGUUUUUUUAUCACCAAACCUCCUGAUGGCAGUGCUUUUACUGAUAUGUUCAGGAUUUUGGCAUAUUCCUGCUGUUCACAGAAACAAUUCAGGGAACGUAGGAGCAGCAGAGAAACCAUUGGAGUAUUUCAGCAGUCUCAUAAACAAAGUCUAUUUGAUUCAUGUAAAAUGUCCCGUGGAGGGCCAUUUACAGAAGAUAAAGUGGAAGAUGUAAAAGCCCUAGUCAAGAUUAUCCCGGUUUUCUUGGCUUUGAUACCUUACUGGACAGUAUAUUUUCAAAUGCAGACAACAUAUGUUUUGCAGAGUCUUCAUUUGAGAAUCCCAGAAAUUUCAAGUAUCACAACCACUCCACAUACGUUUCCAGCAGCCUGGCUGACCAUGUUCGAUGCAUUGCUGAUCCUGCUCCUUAUACCAGUAAAGGAUAAACUAGUAGAUCCUAUUUUGAAGAGAAAUGGUUUGCUGCCAUCUUCUUUAAGAAGGAUUGCCGUUGGCAUGUUCUUUGUCAUGUGCUCAGCCUUAGCUGCAGGAAUUUUAGAGAGUAAAAGACUGGACAUUGUGAAGGAAAAGACAAUUAAUCAGACAAUUGGAAAUGUCACUUACCAUGCUGCUGAUUUGCCAAUAUGGUGGCAGGUUCCACAGUAUGUGUUGAUUGGAAUGAGUGAAAUAUUUGCAAGUAUAGCAGGGCUGGAAUUUGCAUAUUCAGCUGCUCCAAAAUCUAUGCAGAGUGCCAUAAUGGGAUUAUUCUUUUUUUUCUCUGGAGUUGGGUCAUUUUUUGGCUCAGGAUUGUUGGCUUUAGUAUCGGUGAAAGGCAUUGGUUGGAUGAGUAAUCACACAGAUUUUGGGAACAUUAAUGGUUGCUACCUGAACUAUUACUUUUUCCUGCUGGCUGCUAUCCAAGGAGUGACCCUCCUGCUUUUCCUGAUUGUCUCUGUGAAAUAUGACCGCCAACGAUCUCGGGCCAAUGGAAUGUUCGUCAAUGGCAAGUCCUGAUGUUCUCUGACCUGUGUAGACAAUGAAACAACCAUGACCUUGCGGAUUUUUAUUAUACUGCCAAGCUAUGGAUUGGACAAGAAGCACUAUUAAAUACACAACAAUUUAUUCUA